AAUUUUCGCGCGUCCUUUCCGCGCACGCGUAACACAACUGAAGAAGGAAACCGCAAGGAUAGCAAGAAGAAGAAGAAGAAGAAAAAGAAUAAUAAGAAGAGGAAGAAGAAAAGAUACGAGAAAGUGGUGUCUGGAACUACGAGUGUGUGACUGUGCGUGCGUGGCUUCGUGUGAACAAAACACGAGGUAUAGUAGUACGUGUGGCAUCUGCCGUUUUUUUUUCUACCUCUCUUUCCUGCACCGUUUGGUUUCGCGUGAGACUGGUUAGAGCGCUGCACGCAGAUCCCUUUCGUCCUUUGUCUCGCGCGAUCGCGCGCCGGCCCUCGCAUCGUUUCGUUUCGUUCCGCGCGUUACCAAAAGAACACCGAAAUAACGAACAAUUAUCGAGGAAUUCAUUCGUUUAUUUCUUUUGAUUUAUUUUUCCCCGAGCUAUUAACUCUGGUCAUCGUAGAGUGCUCUCCUCUGUGUUCUGUAUACUGCGUGCUCCGAGACCUUGAACUUGCUUGCUGUGCCGAGUCUCGUCCUCGUAAUCGGCAUCGCGCGCGUUGUUCGUCGUUGUCGUCGUCGUCGUCGUCGACUCGUUUCUUCCCCGCGUCCUUGGAUUCUCCCGUGCAUCCAUUGAAAGGAGAAGGAGAAGGGCUAGCGCGUGGGAAAACCUACAUUAACAAAAUAUUAUCCCGGCGCGAACGUUAGAUUUUUGUCCUGUUGUGCAUAUUUGGAGUUAACUGAAAUAAAGGGAGAGAAAGAGAAAGGGCGAGCGGAAAGCGAGGAGCCUGGAAGCGAAGAAUAGGAUGUUUCCUUACACGACCUUUCCGGCAGUCGGGAAAGAAAAGAAGUAAAAUCGAUCCAGUUUGGUCUUGGUCGUCAUCGUCGUCGAUGGUGGCGGCGUAUAGUACUAAGAAGGGAGCCAUGUUGGAUUUCAAGAUGGCGCAGGACCAGAAUGCACGAGGCCUCGCGAAAGCUUAUUUAUUAAGGGUGUCGACGACGGAGAAGCUCGACAAAGGGAAAGGUGACGCCUUUCACCUUUGGGAGAAGACAAAAGAAGCUCCUCGUUGCCCUCUCCGUUGUGUACAAAGGCCAAGAGCAAAGAGUCUCUCUAGUUUUUGUCACGGAGAAGAGAAUGGGAAAGAAAAAACACGAGGGUCCCGAAGGAUCUCGCAUCGAUCGGCGUGAUAAAAGGCGAACCGAACGAAAGAACGAAUGAACGAAUGAGGUGUUCUCCAGAUCGGCGGGGAGAUGGGAGCGAUUGAGCAGAAGAAGGAGGAGGACCCCCAACCCAGACAGAGUUCAAAUCCAAACAGGCUGAUCCAUUGAUCACAACUAAUCCCUUUCUUUCAAGCUUUUUUCCCUCUUUUCUCUCUUCUCUCUUAUUAUAGUACCCUCACUCGUGUGAUAAUGAAAUCGUCGACCGAAAGAAAGAAAAAGAUUCACGUGCCCGCGGGGUGGGAAAGCAAAAAGAGAAGAGAAGAGGAGGAGGAGGAGGCUGGUGGUGGUGGUGACGAACUCUUGUACGACACUGAUUUAGCGCGCCGGCAUGGAGGCAGCGAACGGUGCUAUCGAGCACGAUUUUCACAAUGCUUUGGUACCGAUAAACGGCAGCCAUUCUGGCAGUUCUGGUAGAAGUACGCCAAACGGAGGUGAUCCAGCUCCAGGGAAACUCUUUGUCGGUGGUCUGUCGUGGCAAACCAGUAGCGAAAAACUCAGGGAAUAUUUUGGCAUAUUUGGGACCGUUACUGAUGUACUCAUCAUGAAAGAUCCCGUUACACAGCGUAGUCGUGGGUUCGGCUUCAUCACGUUCGCCGAGCCCGGGAGCGUCGACAAGGUGCUGCAGCGUCCGGUCCACACCCUUGACGGGAAGAAGAUCGACCCGAAGCACGCGACGCCGAAGAACCGCGCGAAGCAGGCCAAUCGGACGAAGAAGAUCUUCGUCGGCGGGGUCAGUCAGGAGACGAGUAGCGAGGAGGUCAAGGCCUACUUCAACCAGUUUGGCAAGGUCGAGGAGACGGUGAUGCUGAUGGACCAGCAGACGAAGCGGCACCGGGGCUUCGGUUUCGUCACCUUCGAGAACGAGGACGUCGUGGACCGCGUCUGCGAGAUCCACUUCCACACGAUAAAGAACAAGAAGGUCGAGUGCAAGAAGGCUCAGCCGAAGGAGGCGGUGCAGCCGGGCGCCCUGGCCCUCGGGAAGAGAGUGGUCCUGGGCGCGUUGGGCGUCAGGCUGGCGCCCCAGCCGCCGCUUCCCGUGACCGCGGCGGCCUCCCAGCUGGUGGCCGCCCAGGCGCAGGCCCAGGUUCAGGCAGCGGCAGCGGCCGCGGCCGCGGCCGCCCAAGUGCAAAACGCGGUCGCCGGGUACGGCAAACUCUUUGCCAGCGGGUAUCCCGCGUUGUCCGCGUACCGAUACGCGCCCUACCCGAUUCCGGCCGCCCAGGCGGCCCCCGGCAACCCCUAUCAAGGCUACUCGCUCACCAACGUCGACAUGUCCAGCUUCCAAGGGGUCGACUGGAGCUCCAUGUACGGCAUGGGCAUGUACGUCUAAUCCUCGCCCCAUCCUUCUUCCAUUGCGCGUUCUUUCUACUCGCUUCUACCGACCUACCCCUAAAUCCACGCCCCGCUCCUUCCCUCGAUCUACCUGUCCCCCCAAAUCGGACGAGAAUUUACAAGUGCCUGCUGCUUUUCUCUCUGGAGUCUACGACGUCGACAAGAAUAUCGCGGGGCAACCAUCGUCGCGACGAUCCCUUUGGUAGAAGCGCGCGAACGCACGCACCAUGAAAUAGAUCAAAAGUUCAAACCGAUAAAGACUGGAAUACGGGUAUGUACCGCAGGAGGAUGACUGAUCUCCUCGAUUAGAGAGAUAUUUCGUAGCCACGAGAAGUCGCGACAUGUUCAAAUGUGUUAAUCUCUAGUUAAGGGCGAGCUCGUCGAGAGAACUAAUUAAAUUAUCGAGGAAAAGAAAGAUAACACGCGAAUGCUUCCAAACCAAUUCCAAAGUUAUUUCUUUUAUUUUUCCCCCCCCCCCAUUAUCUCGAUUCGAAGCUAAGCCAUAUUUAGGGGGGGUUUAUAAUAUCAUCGUAUCGUUAUUUUUGUCGUUGCGGUUUGGUGCUCUUCUUCUACCGCUCCCCGAGGAUCGUAAUUAUCAAUUAAAAAAUUCGCGUCACCGGAUCCGACCUUUUUUCUUUUUUUUUUUAGACGCGCAAUGGAAGCAAUAAAAUAUAACGGGUGUGGUAGGAUCGACACCGGCAACGAACGAACACGUUUUCCAAAAGGGUCUCCAUUUUUUUUGAAACACUUUUUGUUUUUCCCUAUUCUAUUAUAUUAUUUUUUCGCGUUGCGUACCUUAUAGGAAGAACUUGUCGGUCGUGCGUUUUCCCGAGAAAUGUCAAUUCCAACAGUGUGCAUAAGAUCGAUCUUUUUUUUCUCGACUUUCGAUGCGCGCCCUUCUCGGGAAAAUGCAACGCAACGCAACGCAACUCUACACUUUCCGUAAAAAUAAAUAAAUAACAAACAAAAAAAAAAAGACACGCAUCAUACACGGGGACGCGAGAGAUAUUUGCAUGAUGUGUAUGAUACGCGAAUACUCUAUAGAUAAACACACGGCACACACAUUAAAUACUUGCAUACAUAUAAUAUUAACAUAUGUAAGGAUUAACAUAUGUCGUUUUCGAUCGACAAGAGUACAGACAAAUACGUCUAGAUAUAUGAUGUAUAGUAUAAUACAUAUAUAUUUUUCUUCGAGUAACGGAAGACAAUAUUUCUCUGAUCUUCGUCGCGCGUACACACACAUAUUAUUAUAAUAUUAAAAUAAUAACUUUUUAGACGACGCGUUAAUAAAAAGCUGGGGUUUAAAGUUGCAUCAACGGAUUAAGAAAGAAAAAUGCAUAUACACAAGAACAAAGUAAAAAAAAAAACCCUAUUUGUAUUUGUGUUGUACACAGAGAAAGAGAGCGGGACACGCGUAAAUUAUACGAGAAGACGCGCAUAUAUAGGUAAUAUAUUUAAGAAGACAUUUGGACAUCCAUUUUAAAAGACCCGCGUUACGUAAUCGUCGCGAGCGCGUAAUUGGUCGAAAACGACGACAAGGAGGAGGAGGAGGAGGAGAAGGAGGAGGACGAUGAUUCUUUUUUGAAAGACGGGUGUGUUAUAAUAGUAGAACGACUGCGUUUAUCCUUCUAUCGCGAUUACGGUGAGUCUACUUAAACUCAAUAAUUAAUAAAUGGUGAUAAAAAUGAUUAAGAGUUUUGACGAAUAAGAAUAAGGAGGCAAAAAUAAUUAAGCCUGCGAGCGCGCUCUAUUUUCGCGCUAAAAAAAAUAAUAAUAUAAGAUAUAAAAUAAUAAUUAUAUCAUUAUAAUUAUAUAUAUAAGAGAGAAGAAAACAAAACACAGAGGAUACUCGUUCAUAGGUUUACGUUUUAACGGUAUGUUUAUAUAAGUGUAUACACGUAUGUGCGUGCGUACUGGACACGUGCGAUGGAUGGGUGCCGUUGUUGGGUGCUGCCUGUGCUCUAUGCAAAGUACAAAUGUACGUGCGUGUAUGCUCGUAUAUAUGCGUAUGUAUAUUAUAUAUACAUAAAUAUUCUAUAAUAAUAAUAAUAAUAAUAAUAAUAAUAAUAAUAAUAAUAAUAAUAAUGUGUAAGUCGCGUUCUUCGUACGUUGGCAAACGAACAAGAUGUGAAAUCCAUGAUUGAGAUUAGCUGGUGUGAGAGGCGUUUUGAUCUAAUGGCGAAUCCAAUAAUGAAAUUAAUUUCUAUUUAUAAUAAGUGCAGGAAUGAAAACACUUAGUCAAUAAGAAGCGAAUUAAUUUAUAUAAUAAAAUUUCCCGCGUGGUGGGUACACGCGUCCUGCCGAGUUUCAUCGAAGUCCGAAACUUGACUAAAAUAAUUAAUAAACAUUUGUGGUGUGUGUGUGUGAAAAAUGCCAAAUUAACCCUCGGUCUGUCUCGGGGAAAUUUCAUUUUUCUUUCGUCUUAAAUUUCUAAACCCUACCCCCCUCCCACCGCGUAGAAUUAAGCGAUUCGAUUGAUCGAUCUUUAUUAUUAUUAUUAUUAUUAUUAUUAUUAUUAUUAUUACUCUUUCCUCUCCUAUUUAUUAUAAUUAAGGGCUACUAUUUACUUUACUAUCACCCUCACCAUCCCCUGUUAUCAAAGUAUUAUUUAACAAAUCUUUCUACCCCCUCUGAGCGAUUUAUUCUUCUAUUUUCUUUUCCUUUUCAUAGAGCUUUUUCCUAUUAUUAUUUAAGUUUCGCGAUGAUAGACCGAGGGAACGGGGGAUGCUACGAUGAAGAGAUGAUAAAAAAAGAAAUUAGGAUGGGGACAAAAGUGGGGCAAGCGAGAAAUAUCAGGGUGUACAAUUUGAUGAAACGAUAAGACAAAAGAAAAAGAAAAAAACAAAUGCAGCGUUUAUUAUCAUUACCAUUAUUAUUAUUAUUUUUCUAAUCAAUAUCGGAUAUCGAUAAUCUCGGAACGACGUUGUCCUAGCGCGAGAAGGGACGAAGAAUGUGAGAAAUUUCGAGCAAUAAGCGAUAAAACAACCUUAUUAAAGCAUCUACAAUAUUACCACUUUAUCAAUAUGUACCUAUAUUAAUAAUAAUAAUAAUAAUAAUUAAUAAAGAUAAGAGCGAGCGUUGCGUACGUAGUAAGUCUUACGAGAUGAUGGAAAUAAAAUCUAGAGAUACGAAAACUUAAUACUUAAGAGGACGCUGAGAAAGAAAAGAAUAGAAAAGAAAAGAAAAGAAAAGAAAAGAAAA